GUUCUUAUCACCUUCUUCAACCUUCAGUGUGCGUGUGUGUAUAUAUAUAGCUAUGCUCAUUACAUUUCUCAUCUCAGAAAUCUUUGCUCAAGUCUCAACAUCUUUAUAGAGGUACCAUGAUUUUCAAAACACUCAUACUAUUAUUUUUGCUAACCAUGAUGAUGGUGACAAGCACAUCAUCAUCAAGAGCUGUCAUGGACGGCAAACAGACCUACAUAAUCUACAUGGACAAGACCAAAAUCAGAUCCUCUAUUCAUUCUCAGGACAUCACAAAACCAUGGUACAAAUCAGUCCUUGAUUCCAUUUCCCAAGAAGCUUCAUCAUCAUUAUCAGAACAAGAUCGACAAUCCUCAUCAAAUAAUCCUGACCUUCUUUACGUAUAUGAAACCACCAUGUUUGGUUUCUCUGCUCAUCUAUCACAAACCCACCUCAAAUCCUUAAACCAGAUCGAAGGUUUUCUCAGAGCCAUACCAGAUGAACUAGUGCACCUCCACACAACAUACACACCUCAUUUUCUAGGGCUUUCUAGUGGAACAGGGCUUUGGAGUAAAUCAAACUUAGGCUCUGAUGUGAUCAUUGGAGUGCUUGAUUCUGGGAUUUGGCCUGAACAUGUGAGUUUCAGAGAGUCAGCAGGGAUGCUUCCAGUACCUUCUAGAUGGAAAGGAGUGUGUGAGAAUGGGACACAGUUUUCUUCGGGAAACUGUAACAAGAAGCUAAUAGGAGCAAGAGCGUUCUUCAAAGGGUAUGAGAAAUUUGCUGGGAAGAUCAAUGAGAGUACAGAUUAUCGGUCUGCAAGAGAUUCUGAAGGCCAUGGAACUCACACUGCAUCUACUGCUGCUGGUGGCUUGGUGGAAAAUGCUAGUCUUUUUGGCCUUGCUGGAGGUACAGCCGCUGGAAUGAGGUAUUCUUCAAGAAUAGCAGCUUACAAAGUAUGCUGGUCCUUGGGAUGCACAAGCUCAGAUAUAAUAGCAGCAGCAGAUGUAGCAGUUGCUGAUGGGGUUGAUGUACUGUCACUCUCAUUAGGUGGUGCAGCCAGGCCUUAUUACAGUGAUAGCAUAGCCAUAGCCUCAUUUGGAGCAAUCCAAAAAGGGGUUUUUGUUUCUUGUUCUGCAGGCAACUCAGGUCCUUCCAAAUCAAGUGUAGGAAAUGUAGCUCCAUGGAUCUUGACUGUGGGUGCUAGCUACACUGACAGAAGCUUUCAAACAAAGGUGAAGCUCGGGAAUGGCCAAGUUUUCAAAGGGUCUUCUCUGUAUAAAGGCAAACCCACAAAGCAGAUGCUCCUUGUUUAUGGAAAAUCAGCAGCAAACAAUGGCAGUGAAAGAUUAGCACAGUAUUGUGCUAUGGGCUCACUUAAUCCAGAGCUUGUGAAUGGGAAAAUGGUCGCUUGUGACAGAGGAAUCAAUGGCAGAACUCGGAAAGGAGAGGUAGUGAAAAUGGCAGGUGGGUUAGGAAUGAUUCUGCUUAACUCUGCAUCUCAAGGAGAAGAGCUUUUUGCUGAUGCACAUAUUAUACCAGCAACGUCCUUAGGAGCUUCUGCUUCUCAGACCAUCAGAAGUUAUGUUUUAUCUGAUAAAAAACCAACAGCUUCAAUUUCAUUUAUAGGGACUGUAUAUGGAGAUUCUGAUGCACCAACAAUGGCUGCUUUUUCUUCUCGAGGACCCAGUUUGGUAGGACCAGAUGUGAUAAAGCCAGAUUUGACUGCACCAGGUGUGAACAUUUUGGCCGCUUGGCCACCCAAAACUAGUCCAAGUUUGCUCAAGAGUGACAAAAGAAGUGUACUAUUUAACAUAAUCUCUGGCACAUCAAUGUCUUGUCCUCAUGCAAGUGGCAUAGCAGCUUUGGUUAAGUCUGUGCACAGAGAUUGGUCUCCUGCUGCAAUAAAAUCAGCCCUUAUGACCACAGCUUACACUUUGAACCACAAAGGACUUCCAAUUGGAGACAUUGGCUCGAACAGAUCAUCAGAAAUGGCUAACCCUUUUGCUUUAGGCUCAGGCCAUGUUGACCCAGAAAAGGCAUCUAAUCCUGGGUUGGUCUAUGACAUUACUACACAAGAUUACUUGAACUAUUUGUGUAGCCUGAACUAUACUUCCUCCCAGAUUGCUUUAUUAUUAGGCAGUAAACGUGCCUGCUCCAUUGAUGGAAGUCUUCAACCUGGUGACUUGAACUACCCUUCAUUUGCAGUUUUAUUGCGCAGUAGAAAUACCAAGAAUGCUAGAGUGACCUACAAGAGGUUGGUCACUAAUGUAGGGUACCCCAAAAGUAACUAUGUAGUGAAAGUGGAAGAACCAAUGGGAAUAUCAGUGACUGUUGAACCAAAGAAUUUGAACUUUGCAAAAGUGGGUGAGAAGUUGAGUUAUAAUGUGACCUUUGUGGCAGAUGGAAGAGCAAGAGUUUCUGGUAGUUCAUCUUUUGGGUCAUUGGUUUGGAUUUCUGGGAAUUAUAUUGUAAGAAGUCCUAUAGCAGUAACAUGGGAAUAGUCAUGAGAGUUUCUUCUAUCUUGGGGUAUGUCAUAAGAGGCAGAGAACUUCAAGAUGGAGAAUUCAUUGCUGUUGUGAAGAUAUCUCCCAAAUUCCAGGUAGUGGGAUGAGAGUAAUUUAUUAUUGCUCUUUGCUAUUGGAUGCAAGCCGCUUCAAAUAUUGUUGUUGUUGUCAUUUUACAAGUUUUUCUUUAAAAAAACCGCAUGUAAUUUAAAUGCCAAUGACUAAAAUGUUCCCCUUUGCUUUGCAUAGAGUCUAAGGUGAGCUGCAUUAUUCAUAGCAUAUGAAUACUAGCUUCAUACAAAUUUAAUAUUAUAUAUA